ACGACUAAAUCGCAUACGUUGCAGUAUGAAGUUAUACGUGGGCAUCAUUAUAACGGUAUUUUUUGUGUGCAAGAGAUUUGUGGAGGCUGAGCAAAGUUAUACGGUGAAAAAUGAGCGUUUCGAGCAUUACGAUGGUGUGCAGGAGACUCUAUUGUUUGCAGAUAAUAUGAAAGUUAUUGGUCGUCAACGUACUCUGAAUGGCACCUUGAAGUUUUUGGUAGAUAUGGACAACGAACACUUUAUGAUGAGUGUAGAAACUUUCCAUUCUCAACCAGGUGAUGAUAAUUAUAAGCUUWUACCCAUAGGCAUCMCGMGUAUGCCCYUUUGCGACGGUYUCAAARSCUAUUUCGCYAAAGUAGCGCAACCGUCUUUUGUACAUGGYGAGAAYACCGAUUUUCCUUACAUACCUGAAGAGGGUUUGUGUCCCCUGCCGAAAGGUGAAUAUUACUUCAAGAAUUUGACUUUAAAGACCGAUCUAGAUGUGUAUAAGAGACAGUGGCCCACUCAGUUACCAAAGGGCAAUAUAAAAGUGAAAUUGACUAUUUUCAAGGAUGGAGACAAUAUUGGAGCAGGGGCAGUAAUAAUGAAAGUGGAAGAUCUUGAAUGA